CAAAAUAUCGUAGUUAAUCAACUGACUCAACUCAACAUAGGAUAAUUUUAGUUGAUGUUUUUGAUUUGACCUAUAAUGAAUAAUUCAGCUUAGUAUCUAUCUGCCGUUCUUUUAAAUCAGUUUUGUGAAUGUAGCACUCAUACUACCAUUAAUCUCUCUAGAUGCCUCUGGCGAUUUUAAGAACUCUCUUAUGAGGAUUAGUCAUAUGAAGCAUUUCUGUAGGGCAGCAAUGGUUUCUCACCCGGUGCUCAUCUUUGAAUUUAUUAGUGUCAACUAAACUACUGUGCAUCAAAUUCAUAAUCUUUUUGUCCUGGAGGGAUUGUGGCGAAUUGAUGGAACAGCACCUAAAUUUGACUGCUUAAGGUUUGCAGAGGACUGAGCAACAAUGUUUUCUGCAAGUGCAUUUCGGAGCUCUUACCUCUGCUCUAUGUGUCGCAAAGUCGCUCUAAAUGUCUCAUGUGCUUCCACUCAGAAGUCUCUCAGCACUCAAAUAGAGAAACUAAACGAUCGUCCCAACCCCAAAUUCGUCUAUGGCCAGCCAACAUAUGAAUCUCAUCCUCACUUGAUUAAACCUGAAGAAUUAGUGGCUGGCAUUAAACUUGAGGAAUUUCAAGAAAGACGAAGAAAGCUCAUAUCAUUAGUCAGUUACCAAGAUCCAAACAACAAGACAAAAAACUUACUGCCUGGAAAGAAGAACACUAAACACAUUAUUGUGAUACCUGGAGCAACCAAACAGUACAUGAGCGACAAAAUUCCGUAUGUGUUUCGGCAGAAUUCUGACUUCUUUUACUUAACAGGUUGCUUGGAACAAGAUUCGGUUCUUGUCAUUUCUGGUGAAGGAGAGGAAGAUUUUAUUUCUACUAUAUUUAUGAGACCAAAUGAUAAACAAGCAGAGUUAUGGGAUGGGCCUAGAACUGGCCCUGAAAAUGCAAAACAAUUAUUUGGUGUAGAUAAAUCAUUUCCUGUCAGCGAAUUAGUUCCAUAUUUGUCCUCACAAAUUUUAGAAAGUCCCUCUCAUACCCUUUGGUUUGACAAUCUUCCACAAACUCAGCCAGUCAUAAGAACCUCUAUCUCUGCUCUCAUGAAUAAUUUGAAAAUUAAGGUUCCAGAAUCUCCAAGGCCCUAUAUUCAUCAACUAAGACUGAUUAAAUCUUUAUCAGAGCAACGACUAAUGAGGAGAUCAUGCGAAAUCGGGUGCAAAAGUAUAGAAAAAACAAUGGCUUGGACCAAGGCUGGCAUGUCGGAGCAUGAACUGUUCGCCAAGGUAGAUUUCGAAAGUAGAAUUGGUGGUGCAGACCAUCUUGCGUACCCUCCAGUUGUGGCAAGUGGCGAUAAUGGUACUAUCAUCCAUUAUAUUGAAAAUAAACAAAAAAUGAGAGAUGGAAAUCUUGUGCUUAUGGAUGCAGGUUGUGAGUUUAGAGGCUAUUCAAGUGAUAUAACUAGGACAUGGCCUGUGAAUGGAAAAUUUUCUCCAGUGCAACGGAUCAUUUAUGAAGUGGUUUAUGAAACCCAAAUGGAACUACUGAAAUUGUGCGAAAAUAGGCCGUGUCUAGACAAUCUAUUUCAUUCUAUGUGCCUCAUUCUAGGGAAUAAAUUGAAGGAAGCAGGAGUGUUUAGUGUCAACACCACUGUGCCUGAAUCUCUCAGCAAAAUGGCACAUGAGCUUUGUCCCCACCAUGUGAGUCACUAUUUGGGAAUGGAUGUGCAUGAUGUAGGAACGGUUCCAAGAACAAUACCUCUUCAACCUGGCAUGGUAUUAACCAUUGAACCAGGUUUAUAUAUAAAUAGACAAAAUCAGCUAGCAAGGCCAGAAUUUCGCGGGAUAGGCGUUAGGAUUGAAGACGAUGUUUUAGUCACUGAGACAGGAAUUGAAAUCCUCACGGAAUCUUGCCCCAAGCACCCCGAUGAUGUGGAGAAAAUAGUUCUGUCAAUUGAUAGUAUCCAAUCAAUAGUACCGGAACCAGAAGGAAUUUUACAUUGAGCAGAAAUAUAUUCUAUUGCUAUCAUUAAGUCAUAAAAACAGAGCUACAGUUCACGUCCUACCAACUUCACAGAAUGGACCAAUACCUAAAGUUUGCCCGAAAGUUCAAUAAAGGUGUAGAAAUUUUAAUUGGCUCUCCACAACAAUUUAGAAUAGCGUUGACACUCUUUAUAGCAGCCUCAGGGAUGACUUAUGUUGUCAAAGAAUAUAUGAAAGAAGUGGAUAGAAAAUACGAAAAAAUAGCAGAGGAUGACCGAAUGUUAUUGGAACAGAUUAAACGUGACAGAGCUGCAGGACGUAAAGUUUUUUUUGAUAUUGUUAAAUAGAAAAAUUCCAGAAAAAGACCUAGUUCGUUUUUGUAAUAUAUUAUAUUAAUUUCGUCUGGUUCUGUUUGAAAGUGUAAAUAAAAACUUGUACUCCA